AAGUGUUUCGUAAAGAAACCGGUCCGAAAUAAGGGAUAAAACUUGUCCGAUCGUCCCUCGUAUUUUACAGGCCCACCAUGGUGGUACCGAACCCCCCUCCCACCCCGGAACAGACAGAGCCCACGGUGCAGCAGAUUAAGGCUGACGUCGUGUUCGUCAUCGAGGGAACGGCCAACCUGGGAGCCUACUUCAACAACCUUAAGACUUCUUACAUCAUUCCUACUGUCGAGUAUUUCAACGGAGGCCCUGUGGCAGAGACAGAUUUUGGAGGGGAUUACGGAGGUGCGCUGUACGGCUUGAUCGUGUUCCAGACGGCAGACUGUGCCCCCGAGCCGGCGACUCUCUGUAUCGCCCCCACCAGCAGUGCACACGUCUUCCUCACAUGGCUCGACAGGAUCAAGUUUGUAGGAGGGGCUGGCCACUCCUGCAGCCACAUUGCUGAAGGUCUCAGCUCCGCACUUCAACUGUUUGACGAUUUUCAGAAAGUUCGAGAACAAACGCCCAGCCUGCAGAAGCAGUGCAUUCUGGUCUGCAACUCGCCCCCCUUCCUGAUGCCGUCCAUCGAGAGCAUCGCCUACAGCGGGCAGACGGCCGAGCAGCUAGCAGGCAUCAUGGGAGAGAGAGGGAUUGACUUCUCCAUCAUGUCCCCCCGGAAACUGCCUGUGCUGCAGAGGCUGUAUGAGAAGGGGCUGGGCAGCAGCCAGGACCAGUCUCACAAGGACUACACCACAGACCCAAGACAUCUCAUCCUGCUGAAAGGCUUCGAGCUUAAAGAAAGAGUAGCAAACGUGGAAGGGAAGGACUCCAGCAUGAAGCUGACCUCUGACCUCGACCCCAAGUCUCUCCAUGGCAACAAGUCCUCAGCCCCCACCUCAAACCCUGGUGCACCUGGAGCAAAGGCUGCUGGGAGUCCUGCCAGGAGCACAGUUCCCACAGGUUCCACUGUGACGAGCAGCCCACAAAGCAACAAGCCGCGGGCCAGUCCCGGGGUCAACCUGGGGUCACCGCCCAACAAGCCACCCUCCAGCUCCGCAGCUACAUCACAACAACCCUCACAGCAACAACCACUACAGCAGCCAUUACAGCAGCCGUUACAACAACCACUACAGCAGCUACAGACUCAGGCUACAGCUAGACAAGAACAGUACGGGCAACAACCGGUCGUACGGCCACAAACACAACAGGUGCGUCCCCAGGUGUCGUCAGGGCUGCUGAGACCGUCUGCUCCAGUUGCCACGACAACAACACCUCUGUCUCACCUGCCGACACCUCAGCAGGCCCCCACCCCUCCCCCUGUCAGCAAGCCUGGAACCGCAGGCCCCCCAAAGGGCGCCCAGCAGAUAGCAGCUCACAUCAUGAAGGAGGCCAUCGCCCGGGCGCGCCAGCCUUCUCCCAACGUCACUGUGCAACCAUGGAGACAGAACGAGCCAAGAUCUGUGUCAGGAGGACCUCCCAGGAUGCCUGGUGUGUCUCCGACUCCCAACAAACAACAGCAGCAACAACCAGGAACCUGGCAAGGCGGGCCUCCCAAACCUACACAGCUACCUACGUCAACCAGUAUGACCCAAUCCAUGGCUGGCCCCACCAGUUUGACCCAGUCUAUGGCUGGUCCAACCAGUCUAAACCAGUCCAUGGCUGGUCCCACAAGUAUGACCCAAUCCAUGGCUGGACCUACUAGUCUAACCCAGUCCAUUGCCGGCCCUACAAGUCUUACGCAGACGAUGGGUGGCCCCACCAGUCUGGCUCAGUCCGGCCCCCUGCAGAUCAGCACCAUCUCGACCAGCCAGCCGCCCUCCAUGAACACCGGUAUGAUACCGGGGAUGACGCAGGCGCCGCCACGGAUUCAGCAGCAGCAGCAGCCACCGCAGCAGUUUCCUGUGUCCCAACCUCAGCCAAUGCAAACAGGCGUACAGCAAGGCCCCCGAGCUGCCCCUGCCCCUGUGCAGAUGCAGUCUCAACAGGCAGGAAACCAGCCAAGGAACAGGCCGAUCUGGACGGGGGCCUUGGAAUGGCAGGAAGUGCCGCCAAAGAACAGUCCAAACGACCUUCCCCAGAAGGUCAACCGGUCGCUGGCGUGUCAGGUGUCCAUCCAGCCAGGAGAGACUCUGCAAGCGGACAAGUGGCCGAGCAAGCUGAUCAUGCAGCUGAUCCCUCAGCAGCUGCUGGUGUCGCUGGGCUCGCUCUUCCGUAACUCUCGCACCGUCGGGUUUCACUUCUCCAACAACGACCAGGACGCUCUACGGGCGCUCUACCGCGUCAUGGCCGGCGGAUUCGCUGGAUGUGUGCAUUUCCCCCACGUGACCCAGUGUGACGUCCGGGUGCUGAUGCUGCUCUACAGCGCCAAGAAGAGAGCCUUCAUGGGGCUGAUCCCCCACGACCAGACCAGCUUCGUUAAUGGCAUUCGCAUGGUCAUCACCAACCACAAGAAGGCACAGCAGCAGAAGGCAUUACAAAGGAUGCAGCAGCAGCAGCAGCAACAGCAGCAGCAGCAGCAGAUGGGAGGGGGGCUGGGGGUCGUGCAGCAGCCAAACACACAACAGAUGCCGUUUCCCCAGCAACCACAAACACAACAACAACAACAAGCACCGUCAUCUGCACAGCAACAGUAUGGAAACCAUGGCAACCUAGGAGGUGGGGGAAACAUGAUGAGCAGCCAAUCAGUGGUCAGCACUUCAUCGAGCAACAUGAACCAGGUGCCCAGUUCUGUCCACCCCGUAGCCCCCCACGCGCCUGUGGCCACUCUAGACAAGGAACGGCACCAGAACCUGUUGAAGAUCCAGCAGCUUCAGCAGACGUUAGAAAUGGCGCAGAAGAAGCGUCAGCAGCUGAACCAGCAGCAGCAGCUCAUGGAGCAGCAGCAGCUGCAGCAGCAGAGGUUACAGCAGCAGCAGACCAACCAGCAGCUCAGGAACCUGCUGCUCAACCAGCAACAGCAGCAGCAGAUGUCUCAGCAGAUGCACAACCCAAAUAUGGGCAGCCAGUGGGCGGGGCAGCCACAGCAGCAGCAGCUCCAUCCGCAGGGUCCCAUGAUGCAACAGCUUCCACCGCAUCCUCCGCAGCCCCAACAGCCAAUGGGAGGCCUUCAAACCAACCUCCUGGAGGACCCAAAUCUUCACGACCUCCUCAACUGAUGACAUCCGGGGGCAUAAAGAGACUAUUUCUACACAACCCAGUCUUUUCUCAUAGGAAAUUCAAACUCUACUACUGGAUAAAUUACGGAGAUAAUAUCCGGACGUUUUGAGUGACAUCCACCACUCUUCUUCAGUGUCACUAAUGAACUAACAGAACUUGAUAAAGCAUAUCGAGUUCUGUUAGUAUUAUGAACGUAUUGUUUACCUGUAUGUCAAACUUCAUCAACAUAACCCAGCCUUUUAUUUAGUCAACGUUUCAGUGACCGUCUGUCACCUUCCUCAGGGCAAUUCUGACUGGUUCACAUUGCACUGCAGCACAGGU